AUGUCGCAGCCGAUUAACGAGGACGGGAAUCACGUACCGGCCGGUGCCGAGCCAGCGAAAUGGGGGCACCCCGGCGAGGAGGAUGGAGUGGGGGCGGCAGACGCUGAGGAAGUCCCACGUGAGCCCGUGGAGCCCAACAUGCACCAUGCUGCGACCACCUCGCAGGCGCUAGACGGCGCGGGCCUGCUGAGAGCAGUGCCGGAGCACCUGCACUCGUUGGCUCUCCGUAUUAACACCUUGAAUGAGGCGGAUCUUGUGAUGAUUGCCGAGAUAGCGGAGGAGUACGCCAAGCGCGGUGUCUACUCGUUGCUCCCCUACACAGGGAGCAACUGGUUUUUGCCGCAAAUCCGGGAGGUGGAAGAGGGGGAAAGUCACUGGAGCAUUCAAUGUGGUGCGUACGGGAGACUCUCCGUGACGCUUGGAGGUCGUCGUUUGCUGCUGCCAGUCACUAACAUCUUACUACGCAUCGUGGUGGUGGUGCUCUGUUGGUUUGCGCUGUGGAAUAUGCUGCCCCAUUGGCUGAUGGAGCCCGGCGGCUAUGUGUGGGAUCCCGCUGUCACCGUCGUCGUCUCUGCCGCCUUUGGGGGUUUGAUCUGUCGCGUGUUGCAGAUUCCCCCCCUCGUUGGGGUGCUAUGGAUUGCGAUUAUGUGGAACAACGUCCCCUACGAGAGCUACUUGACGCGGGGCAUCGUGCUGCCGCUCAAGGACAUUGUCUCGAAGCUGGGCCUGACCGUCAUCAUGGCACGGGCUGGCUACUCCCUCACCUUCAAGGGGAUCCGGCCGCACUGGAAGCAGAGUCUCAUGCUGGCCACCCUUCCCUAUGCCUGCGAGGGGGUUGCACACAGCCUGAUCGCAAAUAAAAUAUUUAACUACGAUAACAAUUAUCAGUGGGCUUUCCUGCAGGGGAUGGUGUCUUCCAUCGUCUCCCCCGCCGUGGUGGUUCCCGGCACGCUCUAUCUGCACGAGUUGGGCUACGGUCACGGGUGUCAACCCUUUUCCCUCCUGCUCUCCGCCGUCGGCCUGGAGAUUGUCUUUGGGGUGUGGGCGACGAAUUUUAUUAUUGGCUUGCUCUUCCAAGAACAGAAACUCGCCGUGGCAAUUGUGUUGGGGCCUGUUCAGUUGAUUGGCGGCUGCAUCCUGGGCAUUGCCCUUGGCGUCGUUUUUUUCUACCUUGUGGAGAUUCUUAAGCGCGAGGCGGAGCGUCUGCCGAAUGGGAAGUAUGAAAAGACGCACUUCUACGCCACGCUGGACUUCUCCACCUUUAUCUUCCUCCUCCUCGCCUCCUCCAUGGUGUUCCUCGGGUACUCGCUCAACCUCGCCGGCGGCGGCUGCACCAUGUGCGUCUUCUUUGCAAGCGCCGUGACCCACCUGUGCAUCAAGGACGGCAACGCGGAGCUGGAGCAGCAGCAGAAAUACAUUGGCUCGUGGCUGGCCUUCCUGUGGGACAACCUCGCGAUGCCCUGCCUCUUUGCUGUGGUGGGGUCGAAGAUAAGCAUUUCCGCUAUCUUCAAUAGGGAGUUUUUCCCCAAGGCUGUGGUGUGCCUCGUCUCCAGCACCGCCGUGCGGGUGCUGGUGACGUUUUUGGUUCAGCUUGGCGCCGGCAUGACUUUUUGGGAGAAGAUGCUUGUGUGUGCGGGAUACACUGGCAAGGCCUCGGCGCAGUGUUCUCUCGGCAGCCUUGCGGCAACGCUGGUUGCGGAGGAAAUAGCUAACCUGGCGCCUGGUGUGCAGCCCUCGGCGGCGCUGCUACAGCGCAAAGAGUUUGCGAACAAUGUGCAGCAGGUGGCCGCCAUGUACGUGAUGUUUAUGGCGGCCGCGGCAUCCUUCACCCUCGUGCGGGGCGGGGUGGCAAUUCUUCCCAGGACGGCGCCGAAGAAGCGGUCACAGCGCCCACGAACGUCGACAGAGAGGUCAAGUGCCCUCGACGACGAGGAGGAGGGACGGAAGUAUGACGGGAACGCUGCCGCCGUGCUUGUGGAGUUGCGGGAGCAGGAGGUCCACCCGACUUCCGCGGCGAGGGCAGCGUAG